GGCACAUGAUUAGACUCAGCAGAAGAGGAGGACAAAAAACAACAACAACCCAAAAAAAAAAGAAUUUUCGGGAGAGUUCUUUUUUUUUUCUCUCUCUCUCUGACUUGUGAGUGUAUUACGUAAGAGAGAGACAGACGAACGCCAGGAACACAGCCCUUCGGCUUAAGCCAAACUAUUUACACUGCACACUAAAUGGCAAAUGAUUCAAUAUUAAAACAUCUCAAACGUGCUGGGAGCCUGCUCACAGCUGGGGGCUACGUCAAGUCUUUCUGAUCUGAAUGACAUCCCGGACUGUGAGCUCACUAGCAAGCCCUACAUGUGUUGGAUAGUCUAAAGGACUUAUUUUCACUUUCUCUGGGACAAGUGUUUUAUGUGAUAAGUGUAUCUCUGGCCUUCACACGUUCAAGAAUUGUUUUUAAAGUUUGAAAGUUCACAGUCGCUGCUAAAUCUGGACACAAAGUGUUCAUCGGAUAUCCAAUGUGUUGUUACCGGGCCGCAUCUGUUGGACCAAUGAAACUAUCCAAAUUUCAAUAAAUUACAGAAGUUAAGAACACAAGAUCAAAACAUUUUAUUCUUCACAAAUUCUCUUGGAUUAAGAUGUCUCUCGCCCAGUUUCCGGCUUUCCCACCGGCUCCGAACCUGAACAGGACAUCACCCCCCGCAGGUGCCCCGUCUCAGAUUUCAUCAGCAUCCCCGACAGGUGGACACAGGGCGUGCUGCGAGAACGGACGGCCUAUCCUCACUGACCCCCACACCGGACAGACCGUCUGCUCGUGCCAGUACCCGCCUGGACUGGUCAGCUACCCACGUGCGGCUCUACCCCCGGGGCUGGAAUCUGUCUAUAGCGCCUCUGCAUACGCCGCUGCUGUGUCGCAAGGUUAUGUGGCGCUGGGCGCCGAAGGGUCAGCUUUUUAUUCGCCACUGGGCAGUUCACCGUACGAUCUGAAAGAAAGCGCCGAAGCCUGGAGGCAACUGGCAGCUGCCCAGCCCGGUUUCCCAUACGACCCAAUGUCUAUGUACCCGUAUGGACCAGGGAAGAACGCCACCCGCGAAAACACAAACACACUGAAGGCUUGGCUGUACGAACAUCGGAAAAACCCGUACCCUACCAAAGGGGAGAAAAUCAUGCUGGCCAUCAUCACCAAAAUGACAUUGACCCAGGUUUCCACCUGGUUCGCCAACGCCAGGCGCCGCCUGAAGAAAGAGAACAAGAUGACCUGGUCCCCCAGGAACAGGAGCGAGGACGGCAGCGAUGACGUGGACAACAAUGACGACGAUGACGACUGCGGGGACAGCAGGCGACGUGACGUCAUCUCUCCAGCCCACGAGCUGGACAUUACUUCCUCCAAGCCCUCCUCGCCUCUCCUCUCUCCAGAUUCUGACCAUCCAAUGGAAAACAAUAACAGACCUUAUAAGGAACGAAUUAUACGGGUUGACGACGAUGACAUCAGUGAGGACGAAGAUGAUGACGAUGACGCCUCCAGGGAUAGUUUUCACCACAGAAGGCUCAUGGCAGAAGCCAUGGCUGAGCGAGAGAGACACUUGGCUUCACGCGACAGAUCCCCUCUUCGGGUCACGUCAUCCGUAGACUCACGAGAAGAGCUUUCCGAGGCCAGGUGCAAAACCAUUGACAAAAAUUCCGAACGCAGGUCUCAUGGAGACUCGCGAAGUUUAGACUGUGGAGAACCUUUUUCUAAAACGCCCAAUUCUGGGCAAUCGUCAGGUGAGGCAAGUUCGUUGAGCCCCAACAGAAAUUCUGCCAGUGCGACACCGCCGGUGACUAGACCGAAAAUUUGGUCUAUAUCUGAUUUCAUCAACACCACAUCGUCAUCUUCAUCUACGACUUCAGCCACUUCACUGUCCUCAUCGCCGAUAUCUUCAUCCAGCAUUAUCUCUUCAACGCUUCAGACAUCACUGUCAUCAACGGGCAAGUCAGCGUUCCUCAACUCCUCUAUUCCGUCGACUUCCCCCCAGAGACCGCAUCCAAGCCAAGGAUUCCUGUUUCUGCCACCAGCAGCAGCUGCGCACUGGCCGGCUGCGGCCGCAAGAUUUGCCGGACUGGGUGGACACUUCCCCUUGGCAUUGACUCACACCCCACUGUCCUACCCGUACAAUCUGACCACCUCCUCGGCAGCUCGGGCAGGGCUCGAGGCUCACGUACAUGCAGCCCAGAUGGCCGCAAGAGCCGCUGCGGAGGGAGUGGCCAGCAGAGACGGAACUAGCUCUGGAGAGAAACUGUCCUUACAUCCACACUUUCCUCGACUUCCAGCUAGCUCCAUAUUUUCACCGGCACGUGAUAUUGAUGGCGUUCGACAACAAGUUAUGGCUCCAUCCAGACUGGUUGUAGAUUCAAGCCUCCGGUGAGCUCCUGGCACUAAGUCACGUGUGCACACCAAGACAUCUUUUAUGUUCAUAGAUCGACCCUCAAACGGAGCACAUUGGUUUCAUCCAUUAGGCUUUCAUUACCAGAUGGUCAACGAUGCCCUGUCGUGAAAAUGUAAAGCAGAUAUCAGCACAGUUUAGUGAAAGCCUCUGAGUCUUAUACAGUUUAUUGCGGGUCUCAUACCAGAAGGCACAAUUAAUUGAGGGUCUUAUUUUUACUUAGCAACAAGAACAGAAUAUUUGUAUAUUAUAUUAAGGACAACAACAACAACACACACACACACACACACACACACACACAAAGACAAGGUUUUCAACUAAAGUCUACUUAUACAAGGAGGUAGAUCCAGAGAAGAAUUCUCUGAAGGAUCAUUGACAAUGGAAAUCUCCUCAAGUUUAAACUGUAUAGCAUGAAAUUCACCGUAUAUCGGUUGCCUCACGGUGCCAGCUCAAAUCCUUUUAGCCUUGAUGCAUCCUUCAAAAAUGUCCACCGAGUGCUUAAAGGUUGUUUUUUGUUUUAUCGGCUGGUGUCAGUGGAAAGUAAACACUCCAGGCUAACAGAUUGAACCAGAAUGGGAGUGUCCAGAUGUUUAUAUUCUGUCAACGAUUGCUCUGUGUAUUGUCCUACUUCAAAACGAGGCGCCAUCCUUCAGUACUUACUAGAGAACUUCGUGUUUGUCAAUAUUGAAGUACGGGACUCGCAAUUAAAACAAAGCACAACUUGUCCAGGCAUUGCAUGACCUACUUAGCAUUGACCACAACAUCAAGAAAUACCGUUAAGUCAAUUUGACUCGGAUUACCUCCCUUCUCAACAUGGUUAAAAACUGUCUUCAAGGGGGAAAAGCAGAAAAACAAAAAUCUCUUCAUUUUUUUUUUUCCUGCGCUAGAUCUCUCCGGUCAAUCUUGUUGUCCAUCUUGACUUGUAAAUACGACCAACGUCUAGAUGCAAGUCCUCAAGCAUUGGCACGUGACAUCAGCCUUGGAUUGGCCGACGUCUGCGUGACACGGACUCCAAUAUGGCGGCUUAAGUCGCUUCCCAACUCCCGCUCACAUGUCCUUCCCCUUUCCAGUACGCCAUACUCUCUGCACCAAAACUAAACGAACUUUUGCGUGUGUGCAUAUCGCCAAGGGAAGUAAUAAACUUAUCUGAACUGGACGUAGUUCCAAACCCUUGACCUUUGAAUCGCAAUUGUGAAGCUGUAAAUAUAUUCAUAAAAAUCCAACAUUUUAGAUCUUGCUCUUAUGAAUAUGAUGUACUAUUUGAUAAUUGUGGGUUGUAUUGAAUCUGUUGUAUACAUGUUAUUAUGGGUCGUGGGCAAAUCCAAUGUUUUAAUCAUGUGUUUUUUUUUUCACUUCUAUCAUGUCCACUUUAUGACAUGCAGCUCCCAUUUAUACUCACCAAUACGAUCUCUUGAGUUAAUGUUUGAAAUUUUCUUUUAUCGCUAGUCAGUACCGUCCAGGAGAAAUUCCUUUUUUUUUAAAAUAUUUAUUUUCUUUCGUUUCUAUUCGUUUAAUAUUAAAUGAAAUAAUUGUAUACAUUUUGAUGUAAAAUUUAAUAUUGAAUGUUUAGAAAACAAAAUAUUGUUCAUUAAAAUGUAAAAAAAAACAACAAUAUUUGAAUCAGAUUUAUUUACUGUCUAUGUAAAUGUAAUAUAGUGUAGACUUAUGAAUAUAAGACUUUAGAAUGAUAAAACAUUAUAAUUAUAGAGAUGUUAAAUAAUGAAAUGAUCACAGUCGACUUACAGAUAUUUUUUAAUUACAAUAUUUAAAGUUUUAAAACCUAUUUUGUUUUUAAAAAUAAAAGAGUAAGUAUUACCCAGAUAUAUCUACGAAAGCAUAACACUGCACUAUAAACAUUAUUAUCACUGUGCCCUAGAUCGUUGUAAAGACAAUGAAACAAGAUACUCACUAAAGUCACGAACUCUCGGUGUGAAGCUACCCGAAGUAGCCUAUCCUGAAAUAACCACUUCGUGUUUUUCAACCAACUGUUUUCCCUGCGAGCCUCUCUAAAUAAACAGAUUUUAGAAUAAUAAUCUAGGAAUAAUGGUUGAGUAUUGAAGUAGCAUUACAUUUCGGAGAACAAAUUUCGUUUAUCUGUUUUUGUUGAAUAGCAAUUAAUAAAUAAAUGUUCACUAGAUCAUGCAAUCCUUAUUCAUCUACCAGUACUUAUAUACAACAUCUAUGUCAGUAAUGAUUUGAUUUUGACAGACGUACUGUUUCAUGUCCUCAUGCUUGUCUCCUUGCUAUGUUUCAAUCUGUUUUCAAUGUUGAUCCUACUUCCUGACACCUUCUCUUACUUGCAUGUCUAGUUUGUAUCGCAUUCAUUUCUUGUAUUUAAAAAAAACAAUACGUGGGAAAAUUUUGACGCUUGAAAAUGUUUUUAAUUCAACAAAAUAUAUUCACAAAUUAAAUAUAUGAGUUCU